AUGGACAUCCUGAGUCGUCUGGCCGGAUGGCUUGACCGCCCAGGCUUCCCCUGGAAGUCGCUCAUCAUCUCGUUCAGUAUGGGCGAGUAUCUACUGGAAAACUGGCUGGCAUUCCGUCAGUACCGUGUUCUGCAAGGGACAAAGGUGCCCAAGCAGUUGCAGAAUGAAGUCGACCAGGCCACUUUCGACAAGAGUCAGGCUUACGGUCGCGCAAAAGCCAAGUAUGGCUUCGUUUCUGGUGUCAUCUCUCAGCUCAAGUCUCUCGCCGUCAUUCGUUACGACUUCUAUCCCAAAUUCUGGGCUCUUACUGGUCUUGCUCUUACUCGCUACCUUCCAGCUAGCUGUCAAGGAGAAAUCGCCCAUUCACUUCUCUUUGUCUUUGCCUCCUCUUUCAUCGAGACCAUCCUCAGUCUGCCACUGUCAUACUAUCACCACUUCGUCCUCGAGGAGAAGUUCGGCUUCAACAAGCAGACCAUCGGUCUGUGGGUUUCCGACUUGCUCAAGGGACAGGCGCUUUCUGUUACCUUUGGUGUGCCACUCGGCUGGGCUUUCUUGAAGAUCAUCCAGAAGACUGGUGACAAAUUCUUCUACUACCUCUGGUUGUUCGCCCUGGGUGUUCAGCUCUUUGCCAUUACCAUAUACCCCAUUGCCAUUGUACCUCUCUUCAACAAGCUCACUCCUCUCGAGCCCGGCCCGCUGAAGGAUGCUGUCGAAGCUCUCGCCCAACGUCUCAACUUCCCUCUUUCCGAACUGCAAGUCAUCGACGGCAGCAAGCGUAGCGCGCACAGCAAUGCCUACUUUACCGGUCUACCUUGGAAGAAGAAGAUUGUCAUCUACGACACGCUGAUCGAGAAGUCGGAAACAAAGGAAAUUGAGGCCGUGCUUGCUCACGAAUUGGGUCACUGGAAGAUGGGACACACGACCAAGUUGCUCUUGAUCUCACAGGUCCACCUGUUCUACAUGUUUGCUCUCUUCUCGGUCUUCAUCAACAACCGGUCGCUGUACAAUGCCUUUGGCUUCAGUCGCGAAAGACCAAUCAUGAUUGGAUUCAUCCUCUUCAACGAGGUUUUGGCACCUACAGAUUCGAUCAUCAAGCUGCUCAUGAACGUCAUGACUAGAAGAAUGGAGUUUGAAGCCGACAACUUUUCGCUCAAGCUCGGUUACUCGGCGGAGCUGGCCAGCUCUUUGAUCAAGCUCCAGAUUCAAAACCUCUCGAGUAUGGAUGCGGACUGGAUGUAUUCCAGCUUCCAUUACUCGCACCCCAUCCUAACAGAACGCCUCAAGGCAGUUGGCUGGACCAGCGAGAAGAAGGUGUCCCAGGCAAAGGAAGAGGUGAAGGAUGAGAAGACGUUGGGCGAAUCAACUGGUCGUGAGCUGUAG